CUGGUUUUAUAUGCCACGGACGCUCGAUCGUUGUCCACCACCCUCCAGUUUAGGCCAAGCCCAGGGGGACCGCCCAAGCAUCCCCUCCGAGUCUGCCCCCGGCCCUCAGGCAUUCCUGCAGAGAUCACCAAGAGCUCCGCGGGGAGCGGCGUCACCCUCGGACACCCCGCUCCAACACGCGGAGCGCGGCAGCGCAGGGCCCUUUAAGGGGUGGAGUCAGGGCGUUCCUUUGGCCAGCCUUCCUCUGACGUAAUCGGCGCGGACCGCCUCGGCGUGCGUCUCGCCCAACCGCCUUUUUUCUUUUCCUUCCCGUCGCGUUCCUGGGUUGACCCCGGAAGUGGAAGCCGGAGCGGGUCGGCUGUGGCGGCGGGGACGGAAGGCGGAAGCGGAGCGGGAACGGGAGGCGGAGCUGGGGGACUGGUCCCGGGCCCAGCUGCUCGACGCGGGAGGAGUUACCGCGGCUGUGAGGCUUCAGAAUUUAACCAUGAUGGCUGUGACUUAGCCCACCCGGGAAGCACCCCGUUUCCCCUCCCCCGCCCCGGGGUCAUGGUCCAGAAGCAUCCCGAAGAAAGAGGGUUGUGUGGAGCCCCCCAUCGCGGUAGGACCGCCCUCAGGACUCCAGAACCUUCCGUACACCCUGAAACAGUUUUUUGCUCAGGACUCAGGGACUCGGUGCGGACAGCUCCGAAUGGGACCCGCUGCCUCACCCAUCAUGCUGGGCCCAAAUACACACAGCCCCCAAACCCGGCCCACUGGGCGGAUCCAAGCCACGGCCCCCCACGGGGACCGGGGCCACCUAGGGUUCCAGAAGACCCUGAGCAGAGUGAGGCCUCUUCGGGAGAAGAGUCGGGACUCGACCAGGAUGUCGCGAGGGAGACUGAGGCCCGGGGCCAGGAGGAGGAUGGGGACCCUUCUUGUCCUUCCGUUCCCACCGCUUGCACCUGCCAGAGCACCUCUGGGGUCCCUGAAGGACUUUCCUCUGAUGGGGGAGAUGGCUCUUCCAGCAGCCUUUGCCACCAUUGUACCUCUCGGGCCUCAGGGGAAGAAGAAGAUUUGGAAGAAGAUUAUGACGAGGAAGAAUCCCUGAAGUUCCCCAGUGAUUUUGCACGUCUGUCUGGUGGAAAGAAACCUUCGUCUCGGAGACAGCGGCCCCGCCUCCCGGCCAAGGAGGAGAGCCGGGAAGGUGGACGCCGAGAAGCCAGGCCCCCUGGUCGACACCGUAUGAGCCGCAAGCGCAGUCAGGGGGAGAAGCGCCGGAGCAUGGGCUUCUGGGGUGCCAAGGAGCUCUGUCAGCUGGGACAGGCGGGCUUUUGGUGGCUCAUUGAGCUGCUGGUGCUGGUGGGAGAGUACGUGGAGACGUGUGGUCAUCUCAUCUAUGCCUGCAGGCAGCUGAAAGGCAGUGACCUGGACCACUGCCGCGUGUGGGUGGCCGCCUGGACUGGGCGACUGGGGGGCUGGGCCCAGGUGUCGAUCCACACUCUAAGCCAGGCGUUCUCCAUCGGAACAGGACUCCUCACCCGUUUUCUUAGGCUUCUGGGUGCUUUGCUGCUUCUGGCUCUGGCUCUCUUUUUGGGCUGUUUACAGUUGGGGUGGCGGUUUCUGGUGGGAUUGGGCAACCAGUUGGGCUGGAGGGAUAAGGCCACCAGGCUCUUCUCCUGGCUGGACUCUCCAGCCUUGCAGCGCUGCCUGACUAGGCUCAGAGAGAGCAGGCCGUGGCAGCAGCUGGUGAGAAUAGUUGAGCAGGGUUGGCUGGAGUUGCCUUGGGUCAAGCGGAGGACUGACAGCCAGGGGAGUGCACCUGCGGCCAGUGGGCGGUCCUGCCAACCUGAAGAGGAAGUGGCUCGACUCUUGACCAUGGCUGCAGUUCCUGAGGAUGAGCUGAAUCCUUUUCUUGUACUGGGGGUUGAAGCCACAGCAUCAGAUGCUGAACUGAAGAAAGCCUACCGGCAGCUGGCGGUGCUGGUUCAUCCUGACAAAAACCAUCAUCCCCGGGCUGAGGAAGCUUUCAAGGUUUUACGGGCAGCUUGGGACAUUGUCAGCAACCCUGAAAGGCGGAAGGAAUAUGAGAUGAAACAAAUGGCAGAGAAUGAGCUGAGCCGAUCAGUAAAUGAGUUUCUGUCCAAGUUACAAGAUGACCUCAAGGAAGCAAUGAAUACUAUGAUGUGUAGUCGAUGCCAAGGAAAGCACAGGAGGUUUGAAAUGGAUCGGGAAGCUAAGAGUGCCAGAUACUGUGCUGAGUGUAACAGGCUGCAUCCAGCUGAGGAAGGAGACUUUUGGGCAGAAUCAAGCAUGUUGGGCCUCAAGAUCACCUACUUUGCACUGAUGGAUGGAAGGGUGUAUGACAUCACAGAGUGGGCUGGAUGUCAGCGUGUGGGAAUCUCGCCAGAUACCCACAGAGUUCCCUAUCACAUCUCGUUUGGUUCUCGGAUGCCAGGAGCCAGUGGUCGGCAGCGAGCCGCCUCCAAUAGCCCUCCUGCUGACCUUCAGGAUUUCCUAAACCGGAUCUUUCAAGUACCCGCAGACCAUAUGUCCAAUGGGAGUUUCUUUGCAGCUCCUCAGCCUGGUCCUGGGCCCACUGCAGCCUCAAAGCCCAGCAGCACAGUACCCAAGGGAGAAGCCAAAGCAAAACGGCGGAAGAAACUGGAGCCCUUUUUCUCAUUUGAGAAUUCUUUCCCUACUGAAUAAGCUGAGAGUCAAGGGCACCUCCUACUGGACCAGAGAGGGGACACAUUGUAAAGUUUUGUGCAUUAAAUCAGUAUUCCAUCUUUCCUACCCAGCCUGAAGACAGGGUAUUUCCAUAUUUUUUUCUGCUGACC